UUUACCUAGUACCAGAUAAUAAUAUCGGCUGCACUUAUAUAAAUACCCAAUUAUAAACGAUGAAACACUCAGUUCUUCAGUGAUAUUCACGAAGAAUGUAUAGGGGUUUAUUUUUUUUAUCAGCUUUGGCUCUUGCCACUGCAGACCUGCCGGUAAUAGAUAAAAACGUUUUCAAAAAUUGCUCAAGGAUACCUUUUUGCUCCACUCUCCGACAUCGAGUUUUAGAAGACGCCUUAAAAUAUACUGCAGAUAUCGGAGGAUUUUCGAUUCGUAACAAUGUCGUUAACGUCCCGUUAUAUAAUUAUGAUUCAGUUUUGAAUAUGCAAUUAUAUCUUCUGGAAGGCAAUAAAGCCAGAGUUAGAAUAGCAGAAUUGGAAAAUACCCGAUUUGAGCUGGAAGACAUAGUAAUCGUAGAAGAACUCAAAAAAAAGAAACUGAAAGUAAUAUUGGAAACACAAAGUGUUUUAUUCUACUCUGAAGACUCCCAUCAUAGUAUUCGCGUCGCUAAGGGUCCUCCGUUUUUCGUGAGAUUCAUGUAUAAAGGCGAUAUUCUCGUGGUUUUGGACGCAGAACGGAUCUUCAUGCAGAGCACUAAGGAAAGUGAAGCAUUCACUUUUGGGGUUGAAUUCGACGGAUCUGAAAGACUUUACGGUCUGUUCCACCAUGCGUAUCAACUUGCUUUGAAAGAAACGAUGGACGAUUCUUCUGAUCCUUUUCGAUUCAGAAAUUCAGACUCUUGGGCCUAUGAAGCGGACUCACCCAUGGCUCUUUAUGGGACUGUACCAGCAAUAUACGGUCAUUCAGCAAAUGUAAGUUCUGGAAUAUUUCUUCACAAUGCUGCAGAACAAUGGAUAGACAUUACUUAUAAAGAUAGAAACCCUAAAGCAUAUUUUAUGGUAGAGGGAGCAGCUUUUGAUCUCUUUAUUUUCCUUGGACCCACUCCGAAAGAUCUUGUUAGACAGAUUACGGCAUUAACUGGAAAGGCACAUAUGCCACAGGUAAAUAUCACAGUUUUUCCAUUCCUAUAUUUAUGA